AUGGUUGAUGUGAUCUCACGCUUGAUCUUCAAACUACCACCUUUAUCGCGUGUAAUUGUGGUCCUUACGGGUGCGGUGCUCAUUCACCUUUCUAUUGGUACAUAUCACACUUUCGGAAAUAUGCUCCCUUACAUGGCCUCAUACAUGCGUAAUUACACCGACCCUAGUGUGAGAAUUGAACACUUCAUGUGGGUUCCCACUUUUCAAGGUUGCUUUCCCUUCUCGAUGGUAAUUGGUGGCACCUUAGCCCUCCAUGUUGGUCCACGAAUGGCUACUCUUAUUGGAUGCACCAUCGCCACGUCUGCUGUUGCGCUUUCAUAUUGGACGAUAAAAUAUUCGUUCUUUGCUUUCUUCGUAACAUACGGUCUUCUUUUUGGUCUCGGUCAAGGAAUUGCGUACGUCACCGCUGUGGCCACUACAAUCAAUUGGGCUCCAGAAAAAGUCGGGCUCAUGAGCGGUAUCGUUGCUGCUGGCUUCGGCGUCUCCUCAUCUAUUUUUGCCCCCAUUCAGACGCGGCUCAUCAAUCCGAGCAAUUUACCGUCGACACGAGAAGGAUAUUUCUUAGAUAAGGACCUGCUACAUCGAGUACCGGACGUUUUCCUGACAUUGGCACUGAUCUAUGCGAUUAUGCAAUUGAUUGGACUCAUUGUUAUUUGUGAUCCUCCUGAAAAGGUAAUUACUUUGUUCGGCGAAUGGUCCAUGCGGCCUGAAGAGAUGCUGUGCUCAUCCACGUUCUAUUUCCUAUUCAUAGCCCUGUUCUGCUCAUCAUUCUAUGCCAAUAUGUUUUACAAUCUUUACAAGACAUUCGCUGAAACCUUUAUCGACGACGAUUUCUUUCUCGCCAAAGCUUUCGCCAUCGGAUCUACUGCGAAUGCUAUUGCACGAGUAGCAUGGGGUUAUCUCGUGGAUCGGACGUCCUUCCAGGUGACAGUAUCGAUAGCCACAUGCAUGGCUGCCUCGUUGCUCCUAACAAUGCCCAUAACGCGAGAUCUUGGACGAUAUAUGUUUCUCCUAUGGCUCGUGGGUGUGUUCAUUUGCAUGGGAGCGACUCACGCUUUGUUCAUCACGGCAGCUGUGAAAUGCUUUGGUGCCAGAUGGAAAGCAACUAACUACGGCUUCUUAACCUUUUCAACGACAUGCAGUGGUGUUCUGCUUUCGGUGAUCUCCCAAUUCUAUCUCACUUCAAUAGGUUACACGUGGUUGUUUAUUAUCACCGCCUCGUUCCCGUUCACAGCGUUCCUGGUGACGUCGCUCAUCCACUUCACGCCCCAAGGACCCUUGAUAUCGUGA